AUGCAGCGAGGCCCUAUACACCUGAGUCACCUUUUACUGUGGCUGCUUAUUGCACAAACUUCUUCGGAUUUACCAAUGUGCAAAGAGUCAGACUAUCACUUUGAGUACACAGAGUGUGACGUGCUUGGCUCACGAUGGAGAGUGGCAAUUCCCAACAAGGCAGACACAUGCACAGGACUCCCAGACCCGGUGAAAGGCACCCAGUGCACCUUCUCCUGUAAUGAGGGCGAGUAUCUGGACAUGCAGUCACAACAGUGUAAAAAGUGUGCGGCAGGUACCUACUCCCUUGGCACUGGUGUGUUAUUUGAUGAGUGGGACAGCCUGCCGCCUGGUUUUGUCACCCAUGGGAUGAACACGAACGGGGGUGACAGCCACACUAACUGCUCAAACUCCACCUGGACACCAAAGGGUGAUUUUAUCGCCUCUAACACUGACGAGUGCAGUGCAACACUGUCCUACGCUGUGAGCCUGAAGAAACCAGGAAAAGUGACCUUUGAAUAUUUCUACCCGGACAGCAGCAUUUACUUUGAGUUCUAUGUUCAGAAUGACCAGUGUCAGUCUACAGACUCUGAGAGCCGCUGGAUGAGCAUCUCUGAGAGCGACUGGAGCAGCUACACGGUUGGGCUGAGCAAAGGCAACAAUGUGCUGUACUGGAGAACCACCACGUACGCCCUGCAGGACAGCGCUGUCAAACCGGUGCUGUUGAGAAACAUUUCCAUCUCAGGGGUGGCCUUCACAUCAGAGUGUUUCCAUUGUAAACCUGGCACCCACAGUGCUAAACCAGGAUCUGCACGCUGCAGUCCAUGCCCUGUUGACUCCUACUCCCAUAAGGGUGCCACCGUCUGCUACCAGUGCACAAACGACACAUAUUCAGAGGCUGGCACAGGGAGCUGCAAACCGCGGCCUGCAUGUACAAACAGUGACUACUUCUACACCCACACUCCCUGCGACUCUGAGGGGAAGACUCAGCUCAUGUACAAAUGGAUCGAGCCAAAGAUCUGCAGUGAGACUGCUGAAGGAGCAGUACAGCUGCCGGCAUCAGGAGAGAAGAAAACGUGUCCUCCAUGUAACCCGGGGUUCUUUGUCGGCAACUCCUCCACAUGCAAACCCUGCCCCAGUGGUCUUUACUCUAAUGGAACAGUCUGCACUGAAUGCCCUGUUGGGAUGGAGCCAGUGGUGGGUUUCGAGUACAAAUGGUGGAACACGAUGCCGCACAACAUGAAGAGCUCCAUCUACAGUUCAGGAUUUAGUGAACACAGCACAGCAUGGGAGGUUGCAGGGGAGUAUGUCUACACCACACCUGGGGAUAAUGACAGGGACUACAUGACGCUAACACUCCAUGUCCCGGGGUACAGGCUGCCUCAGUCUGACGCCCAGGAUGGUGAAAUGAGUGAGCUCUCUCGUAUUACAUUUGUUUUCGAGACUAUUUGCACAGCGGACUGCAAAUUUUCCUUCAUGGGGGGUAAUAAUGAGUGGAGGAAUGAUUUGGUGGAGCAGUGGAGAGGCAGCAACAGGAAACAGUCGUACUCUUACCUGAUUCACAGAAACACCACCAACAGCUUUAUCUGGACUUUUCAGAGAACAGAGGAAUAUGACACGGGGAGGAAAUACAGCGCUGAUGUUGCAAAGAUCUACCUCAUUCACAUCACUAAUGUGAUUGGAGGUGUGGCCUCUCAGUGUCGCCGCUGUGCCCUGAGGUACCAGACAGCUGGCUCCACCUGUGUCCCCUGCUCACCAGGACACUACAUGGUCACCAAGACGGGGAGGUGCAGGCCUUGUCCACCAAACUCCUUUGUCAAGGCAAAUCAGGCUUUGGGAGGGGCCACUUGUGUUCAGUGUGGACCAAACACGUGGACAAACAAGGCCUAUACAGCUUGUCUUAGUGACUGUGUGUUGGACGUGCAUACGAAAUCAGGAGCCCAUCUGCACUACGACUUCUCUCCUCUGGCCAACGUCACGGGUUUCCACAGCAGCCCUCGCUUCACCAACAGAGGCCUCAGAUAUUUCCAUCGCUUUAAUUUGGGGCUGUGUGGGAAUGAGGGCAAACUGCUGGCUAUGUGUGUUGACAAUGUGACUGAGAGUGGGAGACAAAUCAGAGGAUACAUCUGUCAGUCCACCGUAUUUCCCUCUGAUAUCCGGAGUAAAAGUGUUGUGUCCUCACUGCCUUUCCUUAUUGGUGACUCCCUCAUUGGUGUGACCACCGACACAUCGCUGGGUGGCAUCUCUUCUCCACAGUGGCUGUUUCCCUCUGCCUCCACCCUGCCAGAUGUCAUAUUUUAUUACAAGUCCAGUGAAACCACUCAGACUUGCAAACAUGGCCGGUCAGCUACAGUCAGACUGAGAUGUAAUCCCACAGUGACCUCUAAAGACCUCAUCACUCUGCCCAGUAACUGUUCAGAGGGGACCUGUGACGGUUGUACUUUCCACUUUCUGUGGGAGAGCCAGCAUGCAUGUCCACUCUGCACCAUAAACCACUACAGAGAGAUCGUCAGCGCCUGCAUCCAGGGGAUACAGAAAACCACCUAUGUGUGGCAGCAGCCUUUGCAGUGUUAUGGAGGGGAGUCACUACCAGCUCAGAAAGUCAGUGCUUGUGUGAGUCUGGAUUUCUGGCUCAAGUUUGGUGUUUCCACUGGAACAAUCGCGGCUGUGCUGCUCAUCAGUAUCAGCUGCUAUUUCUGGAAGAAGACACGCAAGUUGCAGUAUAAGUACUCCAAGCUGAUGAUGACCUCUGGGGGUAAAGAAUGUGAGCUGCCCACAGCAGACAGCUGUGCAAUAAUGGAGGGCGAAGACGCAGAGGAUGACAUCAUGUACCUCAACAAGAAAUCCUUCUUUAACAAAAUAAAGUCCUUCUCAAGAGAGAGGACAUCAGAUGGAUUUGACUCAGUCCCACUAAAGUCUUCAUCUCUGCGGCACAUAGAAGAGGACGACUCUGAUGAUUCUUAAAAUGAUCCAACAGUAAAGUGAAAAAGUGUUUAAAUCCACACAGAUCCAACAGAUAGAGUUGCGGAAGACAAAUAUUUACUUUAAUUGUUAUUUAUUACCAAAGAUAAAGGUUUACUGAGAGAGUUUAAAAAUGAUUUGACAAUUUUAUUUAGUAUUAAAUGUUACAUUAGGUUGCAAAACCUAACAUUGUCCUACAAAGUCUCCAUAUUGGGGAUUUAUGGUGUUUCCCAGUUUUGAUGGUGUAUUUAAAAGUGAUAUGAAAACCUCUUUGUUCACUUUUUUUGCAGACUUUUCUAUUUUCUUCAGUUUUUUUUAACUGAAUUUUUAAAUCAAAUCUGCCAUGCAUUUAAAACUUAUCAUUUAAAUGGCAAUAACAUUGUGUUUUUUAAAUGUAAAGUAAUUUUUCUUACAUUAAAGAUGAUCUCUGUUGCUGCCUACAGGUACUUUUAAUGAGGCCAUAUCAUAGAGCAUGAAAAUAAUUUUUAUAUCUUUAUGUUUUGCAUGGUUAUAUUACUUUAAUUUGUCUCCUUUACUUUUUUAGAUGUGUCUCUGUCUGCUUUUGAUUGAAAAAUUAGCUUUUCAUUGAGUGAAAGUGUGUUAAUGGUAAUUGAUUUAAAAAUAAGAAAAUAUAACAUUAAGUAAAACUAUGAUAUACACAACACAUGCCAUACAUAUUUUAAAUAUCACAGAUUGUGAAGUAAAUAUAUCUUGAAUACAAUAAAUUUAAAACCAGCAUAUAUGAUAAACAAUAUGUAAAGAUAAUGUAUGUUUAGUGUAUUCUUUCUCUGGAGAAUUAAAAUA